UAGAUAAUGAAAUAUAGUCCAGGAUAAUAAUAAUAUGGAUAAGUGUAUAAUUAUGGUUAGCCAUAACAAUCUGUUCGAGGACCUUAUGUAUAAGAUUAAUAAAUAAAUAAGUAAUAGUAUAAUAAGGGGAAUGAGAAUGCCUAAAGUCACACAGUUACUCAUCCUCAUGUUAGAGAGAUGUAUCAUAGAGAAGCUCCAAUAACAGUAGUUAGUAGAGAUGAGAUAGAGAGUGUUUGGAAAGCCAAAUGCUCAUAAUUAGAGUAAGCAUUAACAGAAUGUUAAACAGAAGUAAUGAGAUUAAGAGGAAUAGGGGCUACUGAGAAAAUUACAUAUGUAGAAGAUACAUUAAAGGUAUAGAUAUUGAAUAUAUGAAUAGAUAAAUUAAUUAUAUCUAGAAAUAGAUAGAUUGAAUAAGUGUUUGUUAGAUAUGUCUUUAGAAUUAGAUUAAUACAAACAUAAAUUGUAUAUGGCAACUGAUAAAUAAGCAAGGUAGUAAGCAGAAAUUGAUAUUGAUAAAAUGAGAGCUAUAAUGAUUGAAAAUGAAGCUAUGCUUAAUGCAGAAAUUGUUAGAUUAAGAGAUUAAAAUGAAGAAAUAUCAAAGAGAUAUCGUAUAUUAGAAUUGUCUAUGGCUGAUAGUAGACAUUAAUUAUCACUUAAAGAAUAUGAAGCUACACUCUCUUAAUUAAGAUAAGAAAUUGAUAGAGCAUAAUUCUCUAUUAAUAGUUAAAGAGCUGAAACUGAAGAAUGGAAAUUAAAAUAUUAAAGACUUGAAGCAUAAUUAAGAGAUUCUGCUUAAUAUGAAGUUGAAAUUAGAAGACUUAAAGAAAUGGUUGAUAAUCGUAAUAGAGAAAUUGAAUCACUUAAAUUAAAUUCACAAUUUGAAAAUGAUGGAAAAUUAUAAAAUUUAUAACUUGAUCUUGAAAGAUUAUAAAAUGAAUUAAGAUCGAAAAAUGAUGAAACCAAUCGUCUUAGAUCUUAAAUAUAAUAAUAAGAAUUAACUAUUAAAUAUUUGAAUAAUAAAAUUACAGAAUUAGAUAAUAAAAUAUUAUAAUAGAAAUCAGAAAAUGAUUCUCUUAAAGCUAAUUAAAUGAAUUUUAAUAAACCAUCUAUUUAAACUAAUAAUGAAGAUAAAGAAUAAAUUGAUAGAUUAAGAAGUUAAAUUUAAUAAUUAAAUAUUGAAAUUGAAGAUUGGAAAUCUAGAUAUAAUGAAUUAGAAAAGAUAUAUUAAGAUCUUGAAUAUGAAUAUCAAAAUACUAAUUCAACAUAUGAAGAAGUUACUAAACUUACUAAUGAUGUUUAAAUAUGGAAAAAUAAAUUCUAAGAAUUAAAUAGAGAAUAUCAUUAAGUUUAAGAAGAACUAGUUGUUGCCAAUGCUGAAUUAGAUUCACUCAAAAAGAAAUAGAAUGAACUCUCUAAAUCUGGAGUUAGACCAAGUGUUUCUUCUUAUAGACCUGGACAGGUAUUUCUUUAUUUUUUAUUCUUACAUAGUAUUAGGAUGUCUUUCCAUAAGCACAGAUCUGAAAAUGAAUAUUCUAUCAUUUUUACAUCAUAUAAUAU